AUGUCUGUUCAAGCAGCAGACCUCAUUAAUGGCAAGACCCACAGUAGCACACACUGUUCGGAAAACAGUGCCUGUGACAAGAAGUAUCUCUCUGGAGGUGUGGUCAAGAGGUGCCGGAUAAAAAUCUUUUGCGUUGGAGUGAAAGAGCAUGUGAUGAUCAAGGAUGCUGUGGGGACUCACUGGCUUCCCAAGCAGAGCAGAGCCCAGCAACGCUUCAUUUCUACCUGGAAGGGGCUGCAAGGAACAGACAAGAAUACAAAGCAUGAUGUAAGUGCAAAACAAAUGCUACUGCUAUGGUUUACGCAACACGUUUCAAUCAGGUUUCAGGCUGUGGAAAUGAAGUCAUGCUGGUAGACAAUCUGUUGUCUGGGUUUAAUAAAUGUGGUGCCCACCAAAUGUUGCUGGGCUGCAACUGGAAGUCGAACAAGGAAAGCAUAACAAUGCUCCCCUAGGCCAAGGGUGGACUACAAUUCCCAUCAUCCUUAGCUAGCAGGACCAGUGAUCAAGGAUGAUGGAAACUGUAGUCUAAAAACAGCUGGAGACCCAAGUUUGGGAAACCCUGAUCUAGGUGGUGUUGUACACCAGCUCACAUCACCCUCAGCUGGCAUGACCAAUGGUCAGGGAUGAUAGAAGUUGUAUUCCAGCAACAUCUGGAAAAUCACAUGUUUCUCAUCCUUAUCCUAGACCUAUGUAUUUGGUAGCAUUGCCCAUCAGAUUCUGUUUGAUUGUCUGUUAGAGUUAGGAAUUCAUGACAUAGCCUUGCAGUUUCUCCAUUCCACUUGGACAUAAUCUUUGACCAUGUCACUACAGAGCGUCCUCAGCAGGUAGGUUUAGGUGAUUUCUCUCUGGGAUUUAAAUCCCUUAGGGACAUGUAUUUGCUUGUUUCAGAUGGGCUCAUGCCCCUUUUGAAAGACUGGGUUCAGAAGACCUCAGUCUGGAUCUGCUGUGCAGGUUGUGUUUAUACUCAGGAACCAGGAGUGUUUUUUCAUUUAUAUCUGUACUGGCUACAGAUAAGGCUCUUGUGUCCAUCUUCCAUUUUGUGGUAACUGCUCAAGGUUCCAGAAAAUUGUAUGACACUAUCAACAGGUGCAGAAUUCAGUGGCAUGCCUUCAGAUGUGAAUUGGACAUAGGGAUCAAAUUUUAUGUCAUCUACACUAGUUAGCUGUUAGAUCCAGGUAUAACGUAACUUGUAGGACUGUAAAGUCCUAAAUAGUCUGGGCUUGAUUUACUGAGGAAAUAAGUUUCCCCAUUCCAGCCUUUCUGCCCCUUCUUCUGUAAGAUGAACUGUGCUUAAAACUUGCUCUUCUCAGGCAGUAACUGAGGGUUUGGUAGAGUGCAUUUUCCAUUCUCGUUUUGCAAAUAUGGAAUGCUUUUCCAAGAGAGACUUGCCUAGUGCCAGCCUUGUGUUGUUUUAGGAGGACAGUAAUGACCCUUUUUAUCCUGCAGGUGAUUUGGUAAUUAGACAGUCUAGAUAACUGAAAUGCAAUUCAUUCCAGCUUUUUAAUAAUUUGCAUUUGCUCUCAUUCUGAUCAUAUUUUAUAAAAUUGUGUUUUAAUUGUCAGACCAUUAGUCCAUGUAGUUCAGUAUUUUCUACACUAACUCUUCAGAGUUUCAGUCUUUCCCAGCCCUUCUUGGAGAUGCCAGGCAGGGCUGUCAAGAAGGUGGUACAGGGUUAUGCAUGAACCAGGCCCCAAGCUGCCGCCCCCCACCCCCCACACUUGGUUUACAUGUUUAAAGAAAGCAAGUCAGCUGGGCAUUUACAAAGAAAGCUAGAAAGCAAAAUGUGAAGGUAGCUGUUUAAGGUUCUGGCAAGCAGCAAGGUUGCUAAGGACUCUUAAUCCCUGAUGCUAAGCAGUCAGUGAAAGGAAUGUAGGGCAUUUCCUGUCGUUUCCCUGCUGAGAUUUGCUCUCCUCCAACAAAAACAGCUUGCAGUGAGAAGCUCCUGAUCAGGUACACAAACAAAGCAAAUGAUGUGGAAAUUAAUGAGAAAUAUGUGAGAGUGUAGAGAAACUAAUAUUAAAUGCAUUACACCAACCAGCAGACCAACCCAACCCGGAAGUUGGGAGGGGAGUCUCCCCAAACAGCAGAAAACCAAGAGAAGCUUCUUGCUGCUGCUGCCAACCUGAUGCAAGAUGGAUGUUAGCUUGGUUGUGUACUGUACACUGGGGUAUGUUUGUCUUUCCUUUGUGUCCACAUUAUUUCAUUCACUAAGUAUUCUGCCUUUAUAGUAUAAAACACAGUUGGCUGGCUUUGGUAUGUUUGACUCCCUUCAAAUAAAUUCAGCUUCCUUCCUGAUGAGGAAAAUUUGUGAUAUUGGUAUGUCCCCAGCCCCUCCUCUGAUUUUCUGUUACUACUGGUCAGCUUGCCAUCAUGGACAGGACCAUCCAAAGACAUUUUGAUACCUGGUACUCCCUUCCCCGUCAGGGAAGAAAGGGUUAUGGAAGAGCUACACCAGGAGCAAGCAGGGGCAAAGAUACAUCAACAUUGGGAUCUACUGCUCCAGGUGGACCCUGCCACCUGAGGCAGUCAUCUCGCUUCACCUUAUGCAUGGGUCAGCCCUGACACAGAGAACCAUAAAACCAAAAUAUAAAAUGCAAAUGAAUCAGCAAAUCCAAGCAUAAAAUAACCAAAACACCCAACAGCAACAGCAAGUUAAAAUUCCCUAUAGACUGUAUUGUCUGUCUCCAGUCUUAAAAUCAUCUCGCCAUUAUAUUGAUUGCAUCCAUUCAGGUGUUGAACAGAUUUUACUGGCAAUUUGAUUUCAUGUGCUGACCUUUACAAGGUGUGAAAAACUCAAGCAAAUUCCUGACUGCCUUCCAGGACACAUUUUGAGAUCAGACUGGUACGGAUGUCAAGCAAGUUCAUAAUGGAGGGUCUCCUGUAAUAUUUAAAGCUAUGCCAAUCCUUUUACUUAUGUCAUGAAUUACAGUAACACACCAUAGAAUAGGUUCAGACUGACACCCCCCCCCCAUUUACAAGGUAUUCCACAGAGUAAAACAAGAGGCAGUUUUCAUUGCUGUUGGGGCGGGUUUAAAAAGUCAGCAUAUUUUAUUGAAGAAAACAGGUAUUUUUGUCUGCAUAGAAUAUGAUGGUUAGAAUAACGCUUUUGUGCAAAAGGAAAGCACCCUGACGGAGUAUGUACUUAAAGUGCUAAUUGUACCUAAAGUACUACUUGUAAGGAAAUUUUGAGGAAGUUCCAUUAGAGGAUAAAACCCUCAAACCACCUUUCUAUAGAAAAACCCUUUCGAAAUAAGUGUGACAAACAGUGGAAUUAUGCAUUGCUUGAAGUCCCAUUAUUCUCUUUUUGUGAAGGCGGUCUUCUGUCUAGUAAAGCAGCUAUGGAGAGAUUCAGAUUUUUAAAGUGGGGAGGAGGGGAAGCAGCUGUUACCACCUUUCCUUCACUGUGGUUUGUGUGCUCAAGCCCAUCCACCCCAAUUUCUUCAUUCCUGAAGAGAUAAAAGAUGCAGAGAUAGGGACACAACUGUGUUGUUCCACUCCAUUGCUCACUGACGGGUCUCUGAAUUACACCACUUGUAUGAUUCUCCAUACAAAAAAUGUACUUCCUCAUAGGAAACUAGGUGUCAGUAAGAAAAGGAGAUUGAACAUUCCCUUCUGACAUCCAGUUUUCUAUAUGGGGAGGUGGUGAUGAUUAAGAACAUGCAAUCAUAAAUCCCCUACCCAAGUCCAAAGCGGAACAGCUCCAAUUCAGGUUUAGACUACAAUACACACUUAAUGGGCUGGCAGGAGUGGUGGGAGAGCCCAAAGUAAAAAGUGCUUCUGAGUUAAUGUGCAUGAAAUUGCUCUGCCAGCAUCUCAACGAAAACUAGGUGUGACAUGGAAGAUCCAUGAAAAGGACCCACCAUUUAAAUAAAUAAAUUACAAGUAAUACUAGUGAAGCUGUAUGCAUGGGGUGGGACGGUGAUUGGCAAAUUUAGAGGGCUCCCAAAGCUGUUGUUUCCUCCACUGGGAAAAGAUUCCUGCUUCAUUAGGGAGUUACACAAGUGAAAGUUUAAAAAGCCAUUUUCCUCUCCCUCCAUUGCACUAUGGCCUUUGAUCCCAAUCAGGUAUCCUACAUUUGUUUCUCAGUUUUAAAAUGUUCAUGGUGAAUUGUGUUCAUAGAUUUUGGGCAUCUCAUCUAAUCUGACAUUUCAUCUGGUCCAGAGUCAAAAUAGGCGAUCAAACCCCAAUUAGCAACGAUUUCCAUUUAUUUUUGGAGGCUCUGUCAACACUUUUAAUGGCACUAGGAGUUACGUGGAAGUUUUAAGCAUAUGUAAACAAUGUAAGAUGUUUAUGCAUAUAGUAUAAUCUCUCAAGCAACAUAAUUUGCCUCAUGUUUGAAUGAGGUUAUUACUGUUUCUUAUAAAUCCAAUGUGCAUGGUACAACGCAAUGACAACAAUGAGAUUUUAAAGAUUCAGGUGUCAAGGAGAUAAACACAUUACUCUGAACCAUAUUUGUACUCUGCUGCUCUUUCAAAUAGGCAGGUGGUUGUCUUCCAGAAAGUAAACACACGUGAAAUUUGAUCACCUUUCUCCAUUGUACAUGGAAUAAAUUAUGGAAGACACUGUAAUAGGAUAAGCUCCUAUGUGGCUCUAGACUCUCAUUCUCUGAUCAAUGCAAUAAGCAGAAUUUCAGAGUUUUUGCAAGACGAAGUUGCACAUUGAUUCGUUUACUGUGAAAUUCAGCAGGCAGCCAAGACUUGUUCUUUAGAUUUUUGCAAGAAACUAGGAAGGAAUGUAGUCAGCAUUAAAUUAGAUAAUUCCUUUACAUUUCAGUCAUGAAUCUUCAUCUUAAAAUGAACUUAAUUUAAUUAUAGUGAUGAAAUAUUAAGAAAGGGAUCCAGUCCAUAAAAUAUGCAGUAAGAACUGCAACUAAGAGCUACAAGAAUACUCUUCGUUCUAUGAAUGCCAGUUGUCUUAUAAAAUCAGUGUAGCAUAUGGAAUAUUAGCUAAAGUUUUGAAUAAUACUUUUUGUGAGCUUCAGAAGCUGAAGCAGCUAUCUGAAUCAAUUUCUUAGGGAUGGAGAAGUCCUUCUGACUACUAAAAGGCGUUAUCCAUGGAAUAAAUUGCAUAUAGCUUAUAGUGCACCCCUCCUAACAUCACCCUUCACUACCUGUGCCUCUUUAUAAAAACCUGCCAUUUGUCCAUUUUGUUCCCUUUUAUAGAAGCACACAAAUAGUCUGGGCAGCUCAGUUGGUACAGCAUGGUGCUGGUAAUGCCAAGGAUGCCACAGGUCUUAUCCCCGUAUGGGAUAGCUGCAUAUUCCUGCAUUGCAGGGGGUUGGACUAGAUGAUCCUCAGGGUCCCUUACAACUCUACAAUUCUAUGAUUCUAGAAACUCCUUCACUUGAGGGGAAAGGUAUGCCCCUUAGACUCUUCUAAGCACACCGACACUUACCCCUGGAAGAAUGUAAUCUUGAAGAUUUCCUACCCCUACUUUCCUCACUAUUUAUGCUGCACUCCUUAAUUGUGAACUUUAUCCUGUGUUAAACCUUCUCAAAGGCAUUUCAAGGGUCAACAAUAGUUUUCACUAGAUCAGUCCUUUGAGAAGUACAAACAACUCUUGAGAUAAGAUGAAGGAAGGAAUUGUCAUUUCACAAUAACUGCGUUUUAUUUGGAAUAUAUAUCCUGUAUUCCUGUUCCAGAAAAUUAAUAUGGCUUAGGUCCCCACAGAGGAAACUUAGCAGUACAAGUUCCACAAAUUCUUCUGGGUUAUGAGCCCAAUCUGAAUCCCCAAGAGCCAAUUAUUUCCUCCACUGCAGCUGUCAGGUAAAUGCCUAUCAAAACUGCAUGGAAGAGACUGUGAAGGCAACUGUUGCCUUGCAAGGAAGAGACUCACUGCUUAUACAGCCAGAGAAGACUUGUUCAGCUGCCUUCAGCCACAAACCUCAAUCACUUCAAACAUAUGUUUGUGUAGAAAAAGUGGUCCUUAAACUCUUUAUAGUAGUUUAAAAAAUACAAUUAGAGGAUCAUAAUAUCCUCUCUUUUUUCUUUUUUCUACCAGAAGGGUGCCCAAACUGUGGUCUACAGAGCACUGAUGGCCGGUGAACUUAAUUCAGGUAGUCCACAGUGUGUCUGGCAAAAGAUGUCUAAAAAGCAUUCUGCAUCUAGCACAGUGCAUUACAAUUGCUACAAUAGGCAGGAAAAGAAAUCAUUAAGUGGCCUCAGCAAUUUUCAAGCAGGGGGCAAAGUUUGGGAACCACCGAUCUAGCAGUUUCUUAAUGUUGCAUGAACAUACAGAGCUCUGCUGUCUUCACAAGCUGCCCAUGUUAAUUUCAAGAGAGGUUUCACAGGCAGUUCUUUGCACAAGCUGGCCCGCUGCCUUCAUUGACGUUAAUGAGGAGGGGAGCUGCAUGUGCCAGAAUUCCAGCUGUACAUGAGCAAAGUGAGCUCCAGAUUGAAGCAUGUAUGUUUUGCUCCAUUUUGCAUGCCCUGGGAUCAUUUUGAAUGCUUUUUAAUUAUUGCUACUAAAUAGGGGGAGCCAUCGCUAAAUCCCAAUUUAUGCAAAUUAAAAUGAAGUGGUCUGACAGAGAGAGAGGCAGUUAAUGACACCUUGCUUGCAGAGGUCAUGCUGGUGUGGAAUUAAUGUGAAAGAAUUCCAUUUUAUCUCAGUUUGUAUCCAUUGGUGGUUGGCCUCCCAUUAUUUAACAUAAAACUAUAUUGGUUCAUAUAAAUAAGCACCUCUCUCUCCUGUAUCUAUGUAUGUGUACCUCUCUCUGGACAAAACUACUUUUAAGAAUGGAAGUGUUCUCUUAUUUCUGAAUUGACAUGUAUGUACAGAAUUGCACUGUAUUUAGUGAAUUAUGCAUAAUAUUUAAGUACUAAUAUACAUUUUGGCAUAUUGCCAAACCAAAGAGGCAACCCAGCAAAAGAACUGUCUUUAGUCUGCUAUAUGCAUACUAGGUGAAUGUCUAAGGAAAAAUCUUUGCAUGAAGGAAACCCAUUUGAAUAACUUAGAAUGGUGUAAUACAUCCCAGCGCUUCAGGAAAGUAAAUAAAGGCUGCAAAGCCUUCAUUUCACCUCUACGAAAAGCAUAUUUUGUGUCAAAUUGAGGUGAACAGCUAUUGAGGUCUCUGUAAAACUCCUGGAAAAUACAGAUUAUGUAACACAAUUCAUCACAGUCUAGCAGCAGUAUUUUUAAAAGUGCCCACUUCCAGCACAUCAAAAUAGGUUGGAAAUGUCUCCUUACAUGUGAAAGGUUGCUUGAACAUUAUGCUUUGCUGAUUUGGGGGGUGGGUGGGGUAGAAACAGAGCUACAAGCUUCCUAUAAAGAACUACAAACCAAAAAUGAGACUGGCCACAAGGAUGAAAGAAUCACAGCUCCUUUAUUCAUAGCAAACAUGGGAAGAAUCUGCCAUUUAAUUCCAGACAAGGGAUAUUAUCUCUGAGAGAAAAAGCAUUCAAAAAUCUAAAUGAAAAAUCUAAUGCUUUUUUCAUGCUGAUUUAUUUUUAGAUUGGCAAAGUUAAACAAGAUGUAAGCAUGACUAGAUGGAGUUCAGAAAGGGAAUUGCUGUGAAGUGGGAGAGUUCUGUUUCCAUGGGAGUUUGAUUACAGCAGAUUCCCUUGCAGUUUUGCUGCCAUGCUGCUGAUUCUGCAAGGGGUACUUCGUAGCCAAUCCAAUGUCAGGGACUGGCUGGAUUCAGAGGAGUGGUGGGAGGCAGCAGCUGGGGAACCCCCAAGGGAAGAAGGCUCAGAGCCAGGAGAUUGGUGGUGAGAUGAUGCUGAGUGCUCAGAGGGAAAAGAGGGGGCAGACUGGGCAGAGGAGAUGUUAGAAGCUGAAGAGGUGACAGGGUUUAGUGAGCAGGAAAAGGCUGGGACCAAGAGCAGUCCAGAAUCAGAGGCAGGAGAGAAGGGGGACCAGAGGACAGAGAUGAGGAAGGCUGAUGAAGAAGCUCCUGUUGUGACUAGCUCCUCUCCCCCCUGAUCUCCCAGAACCUGCAGAGGUAUGAAGAGGGUGGAGCAGAGACAGACAAAACAUUGGAGUCUCCUAUUGCCUUGGGAGGACCCAGGGGAGGAGGAGCUGUGGGAAGGUGGGGACCUUAAGUCCUUGCAACAUCCAUCAUUGGGACAAGAUCUACUGGGAAGAGUUGCUGUGAUCCCAGGGCCAGAACGGUUUAGUUUCUUUGAAUAAAGAGUUAACUUCACUGACACCUUGUGAGUUAUUGCUGACCUGCUCCAAACACCCACCCUGAUAUUCACCCAAUGUCCAGUCAUGUAUUAUUUUACUCUCACCAAACAACAGACUUGAGAACAACUUCUAUAUAUGGUAUGUGAAUUCACAUCUAAGAACAUUAUGUGCAAGAAAAGGUAAAAUAGUGUGUUAAUGUUGCUAAUUUAAAAUAGUUUUUCCUGGGGGAAAAAGUUCCUAAAGGUAAUGAUAACUGGAGAGGAAGACAUAUUUGAAAUGGAACUGGUUGAUAAUAUGAUAUAUAAUGCUAUAAUUAAAAGAGACUGAUGAAAUGAAUCUUAGAUGGAGAAAUAAUGAGUCUGUUAAAAUUUGAUAUAGAGAGAGGAUCCAUUUUUACAUGCACUUUGACUUUUGAAACUUUUGAGAAAUCGGAUGAGGAGUUGGGCCAGUUCAUAAUGUAAACCAGCUUCUUCUGCAUCAGGAAUAGGGAACCUGUGGUCUUCCAGGUGUUGUUGGAUAGGAUUGUAAAAAAAAUAAAUCCCAAACCAUCUUCAAGGAAGUUUGCAAGUAAUCAAUGACUACUGGCCAUGCUGGCUGGGGCUGAUGAGAGCUGGAUUCCAAAGAUGGGGUGCUGAAGAUGCUCCUCACCUAGGGCACCAUUUGGUGUAGGACCUGUUCUGUGUUGAGUAAGUGGGUUUGCUGCCAGAUGAGUGCAUGAUGAUUGCAUCUACUCAUUGUAAUGAAUUUGGGGUGUGGGACUGUGUGCCAGAAUCCUCUAAACCCUGGUGUAUUUAUGAUAUAUAGUUUAUUUACACAUAUACAACCUGAGAUUAUUAUUUAAUACAUGAAAGCUUCCAAAUGGUAAAUUGAUGUAAGGUGGUAUUAUUCAUUUUUUUAAAACAAAUGAGCAUCAUAUCUCAAAUGGUAUCAAGCCAGCAAGUAAACAAUAUUUUUUGCUCCCACAGAUUUGCAAGAGAUUUUUGUUGUCCUCAAAAGAUCACCCUCCACAGAGAAGAAAAGAAAUCAUUUCUUAUUCAG